CAAGGUUGGUAGCUUUAUCCACUGUGCGACAUAUCCGCACUGUUGUGGAAAAACGUUCCUUACCUUACGGAGCCAUUUUACGGCAUACACCUAACAAUAAAAAAUAUAACAAUGGAAAACGACAAUGGAGUACUUGUCGACUUGUAUAUCCCAAGAAAAUGCUCGUCGAGUAAUCGCAUCAUCCACGCAAAGGAUCAUGCAUCUAUUCAACUGAGCCUUGCUGAUGUUGAUCCUGAAACUGGACGUAUGACUGACUCCCAAAAGAUGUAUGCAAUUUGUGGAGCUAUUCGACGUAUGGGUGAAUCUGACGAUUGUUUAGUACGCCUUGCAAAAAAUGAUGGCAUUUUACCUAAAAAUUUUUAAUGUAAGGUAAUUCUACUCUUUCAAUAAAAUUAUAAAAAAGCUAAAUAA